AACCGGAUAUAUAAAGGGCGGCUAUUCUGUGUUGACAUAUAUUAAUUGAAACUGUUUGCCGUGCUGCUGUGAUUGUGUGUUCAGUUGUAUAACAGCGAAUUUGGAAGUAAAAAUAUUGAUACAAGACAACAUUUGUUUACUAUUUAAACGGUAAGAAUAUCAGUUUGUUAAUACAUAAUAAAUAUAUAAAUUGUUAUUGUGGCUGAAACACCAGCAUAACUGCAUGUGUAGUAAAAUGAUACUAUGCAUAUUAACAUUGGCCACGUUAUGCAUGUCGUUAAUCGAACUUAAUGGUGGUUUGAAAAUGCUGUCAAAAAGUUGGCAAAGACACGCUAUAAUCUGCUUUUAGAAUUUCAAAUCGUAAUUAGGAAUAUUCGAGUAUUCUAAUCAGUGUUAAACAGGUUACAGUUCGCGGGAACGAAGUAGCUUAUGUCUUAUGAUAAUUUAGCUUAAAGGGUAUGAGCAACAAAAUUGCUGAUUCAGCACAACGUGUGACGUCAUUAGCUGGGUAAGUAUGUUUAAUGAAUACUAAACUGAAGUAUGUUUUAACGUUCUUAUACGUUCUUUUUGGUGAAGUCAUUUAAAAUUUAAAAAAAAAUUCCCCAAUCGGAAAUUCUCUGUCAUGAUUAUAAUAGACAUAAUAGGCCUAUUAAAUUAACAAAUGCAUAUUGCAUUUCAUGAUGUAAUCGCCAAUAUAUACACAGCUGGGUUGAACCAGUAUAAAACAUUUAGCGAUUUUAGAGUAAAUAUAUUCAGUCUUUCCAUUCUCUCUUUGAUAUAGAUGCAAAAAAUCCAAUUUACUUUUUAAUGUUGGAAUUCCCCUAGUCCUGGCAACGCCAACAGGUACAUGUCAUUAAAUUUAAGUGCCAUUUACCAAUUUUCCUUUUUGUUUGUUUUCUUUGAUUUUAGCCUUUUUGGCUCAACUUACGAGACCGUAGGCGUAGCCACCAAUUUAUAUGUCGCCUAGCAAUACGGUUAGAAAUAUGUUUGAAAUAUUGCAUCUUGGCAGGUUUAUAAACAUGCAAUAUAGGCCGUGGGCUGUUGUGCGAAAAAGUGCUUAGAAAAGCAAUUUCGUGGCAACCCCCUGGGGAAUAGAUUUUCUGUGGUUCAAUGCAUAGUACCAUAGAUGCUGAAUCAGAAAAAGUUCCCACUUCCCAAGCAAAAAACUUGCCAUACACCGAGAAAAUUCGUGAUCAGUGAUUAUCCUCUAUUAAAUUGUAUUACAGCAAGAAAAUGUGAAAUUUUGUAUUCAAUUACAACAAAAAUUAGUUGCAUCAUCAGAAAGCUUACAAAAAUCUACAUUUAAGAUAUUUAAACAGUUUUUUUAUAUCUCAAAUUGUUUUCGACUUUCGAGUUAUACGUUGUCAAAAACGUGUUUUUGACCUAGUACCCAGUCCUUAUUGCGACAUUUUGGUCCAAUUUUCACAUUUAAAACAGCAAUAACUCGAAGACUAUUUGAAGGAUCAAAAAACUGUUUAAAAGUCUUAUAUACAGUUUUUUUGUAAGCUUUCUGAUAAUGCAUGUCAUUUUUGUUGUAAAUGAAUACAAAAUUUCACAUUUUCUUGCUGUAAUACAAUUUAAUAGAGGAUAAUCACUGAUCACCCAUUUUCUCGGUGUUUGCCAAGUUGUUUGCUUGGGACUUUUUGUGGUAUCGAGCAUCUAUGGUACUAUGCAUUAAACCACAGAAAAUCUAUUCUCCAGGGGGUUGCUACGAAGCGAAAUAAUUUUGGCCAACGGCCCACGGCCUAUAAAUAAAAUAAAAAGCUAAUCAAAUUUUCCCCCGCUGGUGAAGAUUUCAACAUGAAGACUUCAACAGAACAUUAAAGUUUUACAGUAAAUGGACCUAUUUCCUAAUGAACAAAAUUUUGAUCUAGACAAGUCUAGACAAACAUUUCACCACAGCUUGAAACAGCAUCACAAAAUUAGUAAUAUUCCGAUCCGAAGUUUCGUUGCGAAAUGUUGUAAAAUGCAGAUAAUAUAUUAUAGCCUUGCGAAGUUUGCCGUUUUUCAGUCAUUUUGUAUUACGCACGGGAAAUUGAUACAUUUUUUUCAGAAUUAAGCGGUAUCAAUGAAAAACUCGCAGGCCUAUAUUAUCCGCAUUUUACAACAUUUCGCAACGAAACUUCGGAAUAUUACUAAUUUUGUGAUGCUGUUUCAAGCUGUGGUGAAAUGUUUGUCUAUAGUAUAGACUUGUCUAGAUCAACAUUUUGUUCAUUAGGGAAUAGGUCCAUUGCGUCGAAUAGUCUACGAUGUACACCCCUAACAGAGACGGUGAUUAAAUUCCGGAGGGAGGACAGUACUUGGUAGAGUAUUUAAGACAGUGAUUCAGAAUAAUAUGCGACUGAGGCAUUCUCUUCGCCGAUACGCGACCUAUAAUCUUUAAGUUGUAAAUUUAUAAUUGUGAGUGAAUUGUGUAAUAAUUUACGUUCCCGAACAAUUUUGCAAAAUAAAAAGAUAUGUCUGCCUCGUAUUCUUGAUGUUGUGUUAUUAAUGCAGUUUAGCAAAAAAAUGCUUUAUACACUCGCCACAGAAUGUAGAGAGUAUAAUUCAAUCUUAUUAUCUUAAUAUUAUAUUUAGCACGUGUUCGUUAUCCAAACCGUAUUCAAAUCAAAGUCUCUGUCAUUUAAUAUUGACAUGCAUGGUCAUGGACAUGCAUUAGAUUAGGUGAAUUAAGUCCGAACUCAAUAAAUAAAAAUAUAGCUAUAUAAAAUAAAACUCUUUUGAUUAAAUAAAAUAAUAAAAAUAAAAUAAAACUCUUUUGAUUUUUUUUUCUUCGAUCUUGUAUUAACUUUAAUAAAUUCUUAUUAUAUGAUUGCACGUAAUUAAUCAUACAUGGCGCGGCCUAUUGGAAGAUCACAUCUUGACUCUUGUAAAUAUUUUAGUUUUUGUCUUUGUGAAAUAGUACCGUGGAUAAAUAAAGUUUGAUUGAUUGAUAAUAUUAGAUAGUUAACGUUGAUGCAAACCAUGCAGCCACGGCGCAGCAAUUUUAAUUAAUAUAUUUUACAAAUACCUUUUUUUCAUUUAUUCAGACCAUGCAGCUAUGCAUUUGAAGAAUAGUGUAUCUACGAAUUUAAUUUUUAUGUUCAUUUGGUCUACACUUAGAGUGACUGUCACAGCAGGUAAAGAACUACAAUUUUCAACUAACGAAAUGAGCAUUCACGGCCCUGUAUUUGCAUUUUACAGAUGUUUCAAAGGGUUCUUUUAUGUAUUUUAAGGUGAUAUUACCAAUUACCAUAUCUCUCCCACAGAAGGCCAGAAAGUUACCCUCCCAAAUGGUUUUUCGGCAGAGGGUUACCCUGACCAAUCCAACAAAAAUAUAUCGUGGACCUUUGACGACACCACGAUUGCCUACGUAAAACCUGGAGAAACGCCAUGGAUUAUCAAUCAAAGCUUGUUCGUAAUGACGAAGAACAAAGAUUUAAUAAUCAGGAUUAUGACAUUCUCUUUGAAUGGAGAAUAUAAACAACUGGCUGGAAAUAAGACUAUUGUUCAAUACGUCGUUGAAAUUCCAGGUAUAUAUGCAUGCAAAUAUUAUCAUUUAUGUUAUUCUCAUUAAGCGACUACCCCGAAAGACAUAAGACAAUCUCUACGUUUAUGCAGGUUUUUUUCUGUUUUUUUCUAUUUAUUUAGAUUAGCCAACUAGGGCAGGGUCACCACAACAGCAUAUGCCAAUUACUGUGGGCCCUUUUUACCUAACCCACCCUGUCAACUUUCCCUGUGGGAGGAUACCGGAGUACCCGGAGAAAGCCCACGACUUUCGGCAGAGCGUUGACUUUUUACUCUUUUAACACGAGCACUGGGUUCGAGUCGCAUUGAAUAAGUCCUCACUGAGGUAUGAACCUGCGACCUUAGAGGCAAUCUCGUUCCCCGAGCCUGCGAUCCUUGGGAAGGAAACGAACGAGAUUGCCUUAGAGGCAGAGGCAAGUGCGCUAACCACUUCGCUUGACAUAGCAUGACUAGUUGCCAUGGGCCAUGGCGAAGUUUGCCACUGCUUGAAGCAGUAACGACUAUUGUGAUUGGAUUCACUCAUAAAAUAGUUAAAGCCAGGUUUUCGUGUAUCGCAAUUCAUUGUCAUAAAAUUCUUUGUCUAACGAGGAUUUUCUUCUCUAUUGAUCACCGACAACGAACCAUGCAUGGGAACAUCGCCGAUGAAUUGCAGGCUUAAGCAUCUGCGCAAACUGACUAGAUGAUUGUAUUAUCAUUGUGUAUUUUAUAGCUCACGUCAUUAUUGUCAGACAAACAUAUAAUGAGAAAACUAUCGGCAAAGUACUAAAAAGAGAAUGGGGCAUCACCUAUGAAGUGUUAACAAGGCGUGAAAGUGUCUGUGACAUAGCAGUUUACGCACUGACUGUUUACCUGUGUUCAAAACUACCAAGUGAUACAAGCAAUAACUGCGAAAUUCGUCCUGCAACUGUCGUAAAAAAACCUGGUGUAUGCGAGGUGAAAAUACAAUACAACGACACAGCCAAACUGAAUACUGGUGUGAAUUUUUAUGUCGAAUUUAUUCACGAUAAAAUUCAGUUGUUUUUACUUACUACGGAAAAUAAAGGUAAAUAAGAUUCAUGAUCAAGAUAGCCAGCCGAGCAGCCAGCCAUGAAGCGGCCAGCCAGAUAGUCAGCCAGCCAGACAGCCAAGCAGUCAGCCAGAUCAGAAAACGUACAGUAAGUCGACUAGACAUAUCUUAUUUCAUUAUCUAGGUGAAGUAACUCCAACAUACCCGACCCAGGGAAUUACAACGUCGCGAAUGACUAAUUCAACGAUAACUCCAACGUCAACGAAGAGAAGCACGUCAGAAAUGACCGCCAGCGUUCCACCCAUUAUAUCUGCCAAAGAUACAUCUACGAGUACGCCCGGCCUAUCCACACCCUGGAUAAUCGUGAUUAUAUUUGGUGUGGUAAUUUUGCUACUAAUAGUAUGUUUAAUUUGGCAUAAACGUCGUCAUAAACAGUCAUUUCGAUUCCAGUCUGACGACAACGGUGAAAAUCAGAACGGUCCUGCAAUCAUUAGGUAUACUGCCAACAGCCUCACACGUUUGAACAGUUUACACAGGAUAGCAACACAGGAUCAUUUUGGAUGACGACCAAACGACUGUAUUGAAUCACCAAACGUCGGUAUUGGCAAACAUUGAUAUGCAUGAGAACGUUGAAAUACAGAGUAUUUAUACAAAGCCAACUAAUAUACAAUGUAAACAUUAUUUAUGGAUGAAAUACAUU